AUGGCGCACCCGGCGCCCUGGUGGCGGCUGCGGCCGGCGCUGUUGGCCCUCGCCCUGAUACUGGCUCUGGCCCCGAUGCCCACAGCCCGGGCCGGGCAGACGCCGCGCCCCGCAGAGCGCGGGCCUCCGGUGCGGCUCUUCACCGAGGAGGAGCUAGCCCGGUACAGCGGCGAGGAGGAGGAUCAGCCCAUCUACUUGGCAGUGAAGGGAGUGGUGUUUGACGUCUCCUCUGGAAAGGAGUUUUAUGGACGAGGAGCCCCCUACAAUGCCUUGACCGGGAAGGACUCCAGCAGAGGAGUGGCCAAGAUGUCGCUGGAUCCUGCAGACCUCACUCAUGACACUACGGGCCUCACAACCAAGGAGCUGGAAGCCCUGGAUGAGGUCUUCAGCAAGGUGUACAAAGCCAAAUACCCCAUUGUCGGCUACACCGCCCGCAGAAUCCUCAACGAGGACGGUAGCCCCAACCUGGACUUCAAGCCCGAGGACCAGCCCCACUUUGACUUAAAGGACGAGUUCUGAUGUCACUCAGCUGAUGCGAGGGCAAGGGGAGGGGACUGGAGUUCAAUGUCCCAU